CAGAAUUCAAUUCGCCAUAAUUUGUCGUUAAAUAAAUGUUUCAUAAAAAUACCCCGAAUGAAAGAUGAGCCGGGAAAGGGGGGCUUUUGGAAACUGGACCCCAUAUAUGCCGAUACACUAGUGGACGGAGUGUUCAAAAAACGCCGCCCGAGUCAAAGGGGUUCACAAAAUUGUCUCAAUUCUAACGGAACUCCGUUUAGGAAAAAGUCACGAAAGAAGGAAAGCCUGAAAAACGAUUGCCAAUCGAGACAUAUGAAUGAUGUUAAGGGUAUUAUAGGGAGCGGUGGGGCUAAUGAAGUGCCUCUCAUACACGACACUCCACCCAACUCUACAGAAUCCUAUAGUCUUUACGGAGAGGCGGCCAAUGAUGUGGUAGAGUUGGUGACAGCGGUGAACAGCAUAGAGGCGGUGUCUGUCGGUCAGUGCGAUUCCUAUUCAUACACAAUGCACUCGCAAUCGGACGGACAUCUCUCGCACGGGGGUUACGGCCAAGAGAUUUGCAUUUCAGAGACAUCGCCGACGGGUGUGUCGGACGCCUGUAUGCUGGAGACGGACGGCGGAGACAUUUGCUGGAACGCUAUCCUCACUGACGCCGAUCUCAACGAACUGUCAAACUAUACGACAAACCCAGUCAUACAUACGGCCGACUCCAGCCUAACCGUCGGCGACAGCACCGCAACCACCGCUCAAUUGACUGCAGUAGAGCCACACACUCUGCACUUAGUGGCCAACGCGUCGCCGGCGGCCAACACUUCGGCUGUCGCUGUCGGCGGUGGUCUCGAAGAGUCGGAACUCUUUCACUCCCAUCACAACGGAAUCUCGCGUCACAUCAAUUGCCUGGCGUUGAGGCAUAUGAUGGGCUCGGAUGUGAUAUCUGCCACCCAUAAUGUGGUCACUUGCGUCAACCCCACCGUAAACACCGCCGAUUGGAACCACUGGCAGACGUUCUCCACAGUUGCCAACACCGACAGCACAGACCUUCUUAUACGGCAUAUCAAUGGUAACUGUGAGCCAAUAGUGAGUCCGUCGCCACCUAUUGCUUACAUAACGACAACAUCGGCGCCGAUCAAUACGAGAGCGGCCGCAGUGGCGGUCAGCAAACAGACCAAUACAUGUGUUAAUAAUAGCAACCAAACGGCGAUCAACUCGUCGACAUCGGCCACGUCUACCCAACCUUCCAGUCCGAGUUCCGGCAACUUUGAGCACACGAACCCAUUGCAGCCGUGGGCCGAGUGUAAGGCCGCGCUCGAGGCCGCGGCCCUCGACUUAGAAAGCUUUGGGACAUUAGAUGUACACAAUUACUGAUCAAUACAUGAUAUUCUCAUUUUUCUGUCUAUCCUUUUUAUUAAUUGAUUUUUACAUUUAUAGUUAUUUAAUAUUAAUUCAAUACAUUUAUAAUGCUUUUAAUUCUUACAAUUCAAACAAAUACACAUUCUUUGAGGCCAUAGACAACAAGUGUUUGAAUAAAGUUUUAGAUAUUUGUCAUUCAUAUUAUU